AUGAACCCUUCCACUGCUGCUCAGUUCUCGGCUGCUUUCAGUCAGAACACCAUCACCCCUGAGUCUGUAUUGCACACAGAAGAGCUUAGCUCAUGGUCAGAUGAUCAGCUGCUCCUGACUGUGCCUAAAACUAAGCGUAAGCUCAGAGGGGACCGUGCCUUUGCUGUGUCUGCCCCUAGACUAUGGAAUGAUCUGCCUUUGCAUCCUCCAGAGAAGUACCUCCUCCCAGAGGUUAACAUAAACAACUAUGGAAAGAAGUGUGUGGUAAUAGACCUGGAUGAGACUCUGGUGCACAGCUCAUUUAAGCCCAUUAGCAAUGCUGAUUUCAUUGUCCCAGUGGAGAUAGACGGCACAGUGCAUCAGGUGUAUGUGCUCAAAAGACCUCAUGUUGACGAGUUCCUGCAGAAAAUGGGCGAGCUGUUUGAAUGUGUGCUUUUCACGGCCAGUCUAGCAAAGUAUGCUGACCCGGUGGCUGACCUGCUGGACCAGUGGGGUGUGUUUCGGGCACGACUCUUCCGGGAAUCCUGUGUUUUCCACAGAGGGAAUUACGUCAAAGACCUUAGUCGGCUAGGGAGAGAGCUCAGGAACGUAAUUAUUGUGGACAACUCCCCUGCUUCCUACAUUUUCCAUCCUGAAAAUGCUGUGCCAGUGCAGUCAUGGUUUGAUGACAUGAAUGACACAGAGCUCCUGGACCUGCUGCCUUUCUUUGAGGGACUGAGCAAAGAGGACGACGUGUAUGGAGUGCUGCAGAACCUGAGGGGCAGGUAGCAUGCCUAGCUGCACUACUUGACAAGGGGCCAGUGGAGUCCCCCGGUGGAGAUCAGAGGAGCAGCUCGUCUACUCCAUCCUGCAACUACCACCAGUCCUCACCUCACAGUACAGGAGUAUGACACCAACCAGGACACACAGUGAAAUAAACAGACAUUUUUUACAUUUUAAAGGACUCUCAAAUAUUUCUCUUUUUAAAAGUGCUUAUGAGAAACCAAAAAGAAAAAUGACCUUUAUUCCCUUUUUCAAAUGAAAAUAUUCAAGUCAGAACCAUUCUUUGAGGUGUUGCUAUGCAGGUAGAAAUCUGUAGGGUUAAAGGACUGUGGGGUUUCCUCUCCAACCCAACAAAGUGCCUUUUUUGAAUGUCAUUUUUACCUGGGGAAAAAUAACAUUUUGUACACAACUUAUUUCCAGAGAACCUAAUCUUUACAAGAAUUAUAUGCUUUAAAAUAGAGGCAGGUCAGACUCUUUUUAUAAAAGCACUGUUAAAAGAGGCCAGAGAUUUUUUUUAAUUAUGUAAAGCUGGGUAAAUGUCUCCAUCUUUAUUCUUGUCGUGCUUUUUUUCCUUUUCAUUUUGCUUUAGCUUGCGCCAUUAUAUAGAUCAAUUAUCUAGACUUGUAUAGGUUUACUUUUUGUUUUCUAAGAGCAAAGGAAUGCAUUUGCACUUGAAAGGUUACUCUUCUUGUACACUAUGGCCUCUCUUGCUAUACAGACUAGUAGUAAACAAUCUUAAAUGGAAGAUUGUACUGUGCCAAUCUUUAGUAGUUAUUUUUAUUCUCCGCAAACAGGCCCAACUGAAUUGACUUAAAUUAUACAUAAAUAUUGGUGCUUUUAAUUGAUAUGCAGACAAAUGUUUGGACAUUUCAAAAUUAAUCCAGAUAAGUUGCCAAGUGACUAUACAAAAUAGAAGUUUAGUCAUUAGUAUUUCUUUAAACUUGGCCUGAAUUCCUUUGGUGAAAUAGCCUAGACACUGCAAUUGUUCCCUCUUUUGUAGUAUUUCUAAAGGGAAGUGUCAUUUUAUAGGCGUCAGGAUGCACAAUUGCAAAUGUAUCCCUUUUUAUCAUUUUUUUUUUUUGUAUUUAUUUUUUUCCUCAUUGUUUCAUUUGUGUAGUAUUGAACAUUGGUAUAGGUCCAACAUCUUUAUAAGACUGAUCUUAUUUUUAAUUAGUUUCAACUUGUUUUAGACCAUACCCUGCUGCUGCUAACACUGUACAGCACUACAAAAGACCUACCUGUAGGGUACAAACAGUACCAGCCCAGGGACAAGAGACUGUGCAGCUUGUGCUAGAGCAUAAUCCAGGGCACUACGGAACUAACAUGGAACUAACCGACAAGUUUAAAGGGAUAGUUCUCCCAAAAAUGUCAACAAAAAAGGCAGUCAUCAUUUACUCAGCCUCAUGUUGUUCCAAACUUGUAUGACUUCCAUUUUUCUGUAGAACACAAAAAAAUGAUGUUAGGCAGAAUGUUUGCCUCAGUCACCAUUUGCUUUCAUUGUAUUCAAACAAGAUGCAAUGAAAAUGAAUAGUUACUGAUACAAACCCUUACAUCUACUUUUGCAUUCCAUAUUGGAAAGAACUUCAGGUUUUGGAACAACAUGAAUGAGCAAGUGAAUGAUGACUGAAUGUUCUAUCCCUUUGAGUUUGUAUGGCCUUCAUCAAAAUGGGUUGAUUUUUGGUGAGACCCACAAAACUGAUAUUGUGCUUGCAGCAUUGCCCUUAUGUAGAACGGUCUCUUGAUUGUGGGUCUGAGUGUUGUUGAAGCAGUGUGCAAGUGGUGCAGACUCUCCAUCACCACAGUGCCUAAGAUGAGAGGAGCAGCACCUGCAUUUCCCGAUCUGCUGCUGAGCAGGCAAUAGCCUCUCACUGCCCAGAGUCCUCCACGUCAUAGUUAAUUUCACUACGAGUUGUCAUUUAUUUUUCUUUUGUCCACUUUUUUCAGUCUUUCAUCGUCUACCUCUCUCCAUCUCUCUUUAUCCUGUUCCACAGCAGGCAACAGAGAGCAAUUCAUUCUUAACUUUAUGGUCUUCUGUCAGUAUUUGAGAUAUAUGUAUUCUAAUGUUAUCCCGCAGCAGCUGUUUUCUGCUUGUUUGAGUGCUGCAGAGCCUCUCCUUCUAUUGACUAUUUGCUGAAGUUUACACCUUAAAGCUACCCAGAUAUUUGGUUUCAAAGUACUUGAUUUCUAGUGUUGGAAAAUAUGCUUGGAUUUUUUAAACACAAUGCAUUUCACUGAUUUAUGACACGUUAGAAUGCAGGUGAUCUGACAGUUGAAACACUGUUGGUUUUGGUCACGGUUGUGGUAUUUUCCAUUUGUUCUCAAUGUGUUUUCACAUCUAAACUGUCUGGUUCCUCGUUUCAAUACACAUUGUUUUUGUGAUGUCACUUUAAUAUCUCAUGCCAAUACAUCUAUCUGAGAAUUUGCCUUAUUUUUUUUUUGAAUAUUUUUGCAGUAAGCCAUAUAGAAACUUUAAAGUAAUUGGAUUUACUCGGGUUUGAAAUCAGUUCGGAGAGGCUGUACAGUGCUAAUGUUUAGAUUAUAUUUUAAGUUGAAUUCAUUCAUUGUUAUUGCAAGUUUUCUUCCGGACUCUGACGUGUUAUAUUAAAG